GAAACACAAUAUCAAUCACAUACACAUAUAUCUUCCUUGUUCGAGCUGAAGAAAUUAAAUCAGAGAGGAUGAAGAAGUUGGUUUACUUGGUGUUACUUCUAGUGAUUGUGGCCAUGGCUGGGGCAGAAGCUGAUGGCUAUGGCGUGUGUGGCAAGUUCAGUCCAGAUAGAAUGCUCACACAUGUUCUUCGUCACUGUGCCAAACCAGCCAGAGACUUGACCGUUCCUGUGUCUCCAAAAUGCUGCGAGCCUCUGUCGCAAGUUUCAGAGGAAUGCUUCUACGCCAUCAUCAAAUCUGAGACGUGGAAAUACUCAGGCAUCAACUCUAGAAUCGCCUUCACCAUUCCCAGACGUUGCCACCUCAUUCCCCACCACCCCUAGGCUACUUGCACACACCUUAUGAACUAGUCACCUAGCAAAAGCACUACUGUAAUAAAGUGGGACAAUGUCCUUAUAAAUUAUAAUAACAAGAGCUCAUUAUAGUAGCUCAUAAUAAGGCUGUAAAGCAUGCUUCUAUAAUUAAUGUUGAUUUAUAUUCAA